GAUCUGUAUAUAUGCAGGACGGACUAAAGUAAAUAUUCAGUAAUAGAUAAAUAGCCGCUUGUAACGCUGUGUUUUGAGAUAGGAAAAAAAAUUUCUGAGUGUUAUUUGAAGAUUUGUUAUUAGGCACGUUUAUUGUGUUAAGAAAAAAUGGCCGACGAGAAUCGCAUUGUUUACCCCGACGAAGUUGCUGAUAUCAAAUCCAAGGAAGCUGAAGAAGCACAGGCAGUGGAAUCAAACUCCAUAGAAGACCCACCACAAAUGGCUGACGAGACUCGAAUUGUUUUCCCUGAUGAACUUGAAAAAAUAAGAGCCGAUGAAGAAAAACAAGCUGAUAAAUCAAACUCCUUAGAAGGACGAGCUUUAGAAUCAGAUGUACAAUUAAAGAAUAUGAUCCAAGUGCCACCUAAUUGUCCCAAGGGACAGUCUCGAGGGGCAGAUGGUGUUUGUCGCGAUGUGUUUUAAACAAUAUUUUAAUGACACUAACUUAAUCUGUACUAAAUGUACCAAAAUGGCCGUAUUUAUGAAAAAUAACUAACAUCCAAUAACGGAUCAUGUAUUUUAAAUAAUAUUAAUGGUUGGGGACGGUAUAAUGUAAUUCUUAGACUUUAUGUGAAAUAAAUAUUAUUCAUUAUAA